GUUCUUUGUAUUGUGUGAUUCAGCGCCACUCAAUCUACCUCGAUCUGCUGAGGUGAGCUCACCGUAGGUGUGAUUGUCAACCAGUGACUUGUGAACAGUGAGUGCGUUUAUAGUUAGUGAAGUAGUGGAGUUCUUGUUUACUGUGUUACUGCGACUAGGGUAAUGCCACCAGACAUGGCGAUUUCGAUGAGACACACGAAACUGAAGGCUGAGGAGGCAGCUCUCCUGGCAGGCGAACUGAACAAACCCUCCUGGGAGUCCAGAAAUGAGGGCAUCCACGAGAGGGUCAGCUUUGAAGACACUAUAUGGGGCUUCGAUCUAGCUGGUGGAAUAUUUUAUAAGACUCCGUUGCGAGUUACUUUCGUGAAACCAGACAGCAGAGCUGAGAAAGCUGGUAUUCGGCCUGGAGACAAGCUACUGCGGAUCAAUGACUUGGACACCUCGACUCUCACCAUCCAGCAGGCUCAUGACAUUAUCGUCGAGUCUGGAAUCCAUCUGAAGCUGUCUGUCACCUCGCCAGAUGAUGAAGAAGAUGCCUACUACUGCUAUGAGGAUCCCAUAGUCGAUGGUUACGACAGUGAGGAGGAGAGGAGACUGGAAGAAGAGAAGGCCAAGAAGAGAAGGGUGUGCGCUAGAGUGAGUCACUACUGGAGUUUACAGUGGCCUUGGGUCAGCAAGCGAAGGCUUAUAUACAGAGAAUCGAACUGUUUCAUGGUGCCCAGCAAAUAUGAAGAAGCACGCAGGGACAAAUAUCCACCACAGCCAGUACUCCGAUACACCGACGACAUUGUUCUAUACCACGCGGAUGGAGAAAAUCAAGAUAACUCGAAACGUAUACCUUCACUGUGGGAAGUCAAACAAAAAGCUAGGAAAGAAAGACAAGAACGUUUAAAGAAUGGAUACGCAGCAAGCGAAGCAUCAGAUGCCAGUGAUGAUGUAUCAGUUAACAAGAAUGAUCAUGACGAAGAACAACAAGAAGCUCCCAGACAAAAGUCUAGAAGAUCAACAUUAAAGGUGGAACGACAGGAAACAAUAGACGAAUCUAAGGAGAACGAAGAGGAAGAGUCAACAAGAAUCGAAGAAGAAGAAAUGGAUGGAGAUGUAGCUGAUGAUGAGAAUGAAGAAAUAAACAUAAACGAGAAAGAAGAAGUGACAGAAGAAAUUAGUGAGGAAAUGAUUGAAGCAGAAGAAACUAAAACCAAAGAAGUAGAACCUAGUGAUUUAAGUCCAGUUUCUGAAAUAGCUGAAGACGACAAUCAAGUACCUGAAGAAAGUGAACAAGUUGAAAAUAACGUAGAUAGUGACAAUGUCGAAAUGGUAAAUGGUGAACUGAAUGACGAUGAAAUACUAAAUGAAGUGCUGGGCAAAGCAGGUGACGUGGCGGCGAGAAGUGACGAAGACAAUAUCUUGGACAGUAUCUUAAGUGACGAGGGACAGAAUUUGGAGAAUUCCGAAUCUAAUAACGAAAGAUAAAAGGUUCAUUGUUCCUUAACCUUGUUUACAUGCUUACUCUUGUCUAGUCCUUGGUGGGACAGACAUUGAGUGACGAAAGCAGAUGGGUAUUAGAUUAGGUACCAUUCCACUUGCCAAUGAUGAAUGCUCAAUUAUCCCCUUCAUAUAUUUAGCAUUUAUCAUGAAUACUAUUAUAAAAGAACAUGUUAGUUAAUCAUUCCUUAUUUAUAGCAACAGAUGAAGCGAUGUCGAAACUUAUUGUCUUUAAAUAAGAUGUGAUUAGUGUCAUUACAAUUGGUUCAAUGACUAAUUGGGAUUCCGGUCAAUCGAUCGUGAAUUUGAAGCCGUGCCAAGCUCAUUGUGGUAAACACUUUAUACUUACAAUGUUGCCAGCUAUAAAUUAAAUAAAGUACAAACUGUAGUUACGUUUAUUAUAGAAUAGAAUCAAAAUAUUUAAGUUAAUUUUGGAUUUCAAAUAAAAUGUAUUAUAGUAUACCUAAAACGAUUUAUUUGAAUGUAAAAAGUUGUUUAGAAUUAUUCAAGAGACGACGACGUUAGCCUGUGGUUAAGUAAAAAUUAAUGUCGCCAUUAAAAAUAU